CUUUGUGAAAUCCAGAAAUAUUUGAGCGGAAUAUUCCUCCAUCAGUCCCCAGUUUCGAGUGCUAACAAGCCAUGAAUUUGUCAAUACUGUCGCGAACCUUUGCUCGGCGUAGUUURCUUGUCUCCUCAACGUUUCCUCGCUUCUUCUCGGUAGCGAACGGUUCUCAGAAUGGCAGCCUCAGUUCGUCAAAGGUGCUUACUGGUGGCACGAUGAAUCCCUUCAUUAAGCAGAUCGAGUAUGCUGUAAGAGGAGCCAUCGUCAUCAGAGCAUCAGAGCUGGAAAAGGAGUUAGAAAAGGGUGAGAAGAAGCCUUAYGAACAUGUUGUCAAGGCCAACAUUGGCGAUGCUCAUGCACUGGGCAUGAAACCUUUGACAUUUCCAAGACAGGUACUUUCAAUUUGUGCAUAUCCAGAACUGCUAAAUGACUCAAAAUUUCCAGAGGACGCCAAAGACAGAGCAAGACGAUUCCUUUAUGGGACAAGGGGGUUCAGUAUGGGAGCAUACAGUGACUCUGCUGGUGUUGAAGUCAUCCGUCAAGAUGUUGCUAAGUAUAUAGAAGAAAGAGAUGGCUACCCUGCUGAUAUMAACAAUAUUUAUCUCACUAGUGGUGCUAGCGAAGGGAUUAGAUCAAUUUUAAAGCUUCUUCAAACCAGCGAGAAUACAGGGAAUGGAAGAGCAGGAGUCAUGAUACCUAUACCACAAUACCCUCUGUACUCAGCAACAUUAUCAGAACUGAAUUCCUACCAGAUCAAUUAUUACUUGGAUGAAGACAAUAACUGGGGAUUAGACAUUGAUGAACUGAAGAGAGCCAUUGAUGCUGCMMGACCUCACUGUCAACCUAGAGCRCUUUGUGUYAUUAACCCUGGAAACCCUACAGGUCAAGUWCUUUCAUAUGAAAAUAUCCAGCAAAUCAUCCAAUUUUGUAAAGAAGAGAAGUUAUUUAUUUUAGCUGAUGAGGUAUAUCAAGCAAACAUUUAUGCAGAAGACGCAAAGUUCCACUCAUUUAAAAAAGUACUUCGUGAUAUGGGACCUGAAUAUGAAGACAUGGAGCUAGUAUCCUUCCACUCCACAUCAAAAGGCUUCCUUGGAGAAUGUGGUUUCCGAGGCGGCUAUAUGGAAGCUAUUGGCCUAGAUCCUGAAGUUAAAUUCCACUUGAAUAAAAUGUUAUCAGCCAAACUUUGUGCGUCAGUUAUUGGACAGGCUAUGAUGGGAUGUCUUGUGAACCCUCCAAGACCAGGAGAAACGUCCUAUGAAAACUUCAUGAAAGAAAAGACAGCUGUAUUAGCAUCUUUCAAAGAACGAGCCAAACUUGUCCAAGAAACAUUUAACAGUGUUGAAGGUUUCCAUUGUAACGAAGUGAUGGGUGCCAUGUACUCUUUUCCUCGUUUUGAGCUUCCUCACAAGGCUAUUGUAGAAGCUAAGUCUCAUGGUCUCCAGCCUGAUGCAUUCUACGCCAUGGAACUGUUAGAACAGACUGGUCUUUGUGUCGUGCCYGGUAGUGGGUUUGGUCAGAGAGAAGGUACCUUCCAUAUAAGGUUAACCAUACUUCCUCCUAUUGAAGAACUAAAGCCUCUUUUCGAACGCUUCAAAGCAUUCCACCAUAGCUUCCUUGAAAAGUAUAGCUAAAGGGUCACAAAAGUCAUGAGACUGAAUGGUCAAAUCUUGGAUUGGGCUUUCUUUGGGCUGGAAUCCACAGGAAUCCCAUGUCAUGGUCAAUGGGGUUGGAUCUGGGAACUAAGAUUUGUGCCUUCUAAGAUUUYGAAUAGUCUAUUAUGAAGUACAGAAAGGAAUUCUGUGUACAUUAAAUUUGAUAAAUAUUUGAACCCAAAGUCUGAAUUCAUAUCCUUUGUAUAGUUUUCGUCUACAAAAAUUAGGGUUAUAAAAAUUACAUGUAACUGAGUCRUCUGMGUCAUUCUUGAAUUUCAUUUUGAUGUGUCUGAAAAAUGAAAGAGGUAUUUAAUUUUUAUAAUAUAUGUUCAUGUCGGUUUUAGUGCAAAAAAUGGUUUUAUGUUAUUAACUCAAAGAUGAUAAUGUACUAAUCAAGUAAAGAAUUGUAAAAUAGGGAGUGUGUUKGUGUGAAUAAAUUUAUUAAGAUACUUUGUAA